AUGGAGUUCCGUCCCCCGGUUGGACUACUCAUCCCUGGACGCGGGGGAGACUCUGCCAAAUUUUUCGUAGGAUGUCUCGGAUUUAGUAAGUGGGCCCGGCAUCGGGGAGAUGUCGGCAUAAACACGGGGUCCGCCCCGGGUUCGGGGGAAAUUCUAGGGCGGGUCCUAUCAUGGUUGGUGUAUUGCAUAGUUUUAGCCAUUGGAUUUCACUCAAACCACCAAAUGACUCCUCCCACCAUAAUAUGA